AUGGAGGAGAGGAAGAAGAAGAGCCCCAAGGCUCACCUGGGCCAGCCGGGCCCUGCAAGUGCGCUGCGCAAGCUGCCUGUUCCGGCCAGCAAGAGUGCCUCUUUCUCGCUGGGGACGCCACACCUCCCAUCUCCGAGGCCAAGAGCCAAGUUUAAGAGAGCAAGCAAGGAGGCGCCACGAGUCCCACAGCUUGGGGGCAAUGCGGGGUCCGUGGUGGGCACCCCCCUGCAGCAUUCGUUCCUGACCGACGUCUCUGAUGUGUAUGAGAUGGAAGGGGGUCUCCUUAACCUGCUGAAUGAUUUCCACUCAGGGAAGCUUCAAGCUUUCGGCAGAGAAUGUUCUUUUGAGCAGCUGGAGCACGUCCGGGAGAUGCAGGAGAAACUUGCCCGCCUGCACUUCGGCCUGGAUGUCUACGUGGAGGAACUUGUGGAAGAUCAGAAGAAAACUGUGGCUGACAGGAAUCUGGACCAGCUGCUGACCAACCUGGAAGAACUCAGCAAUUCCAUACAAAAGCUUCACCUGGCUGAAAAUCCUGAUGUGGAAGAAGCACCCAACACCUAGAAAAGGCAUCCGGAAGGGCCAGGCCGGCCCCCUUGUGGCCCUUCUGAAUAGGCCUCGAGAAGGAUGUCCCACAAGGAUGUCUGGCAGGCAACUGCAUCUGAAUUGUGUUUGUUGAAAGAUUAGGGGCUGCCAGAUGGAAAGAGGCAGAGACACGCAAGCAGGAGGCAGAAAGCUCAAGGGACAAGAGCCUGUUCUGCAUGGCUACCAAACAGAAAGAGAAGCAAGGAAGGCAAAGGAGAGGGACCGGCCAGGAUGCUGAUCCUCCACAUUGGAGCCCCGAGUCGAGCUGAGAGACCCUCUUUUGCUUAGGUGUGGCAAGAGAAGGAGGCUUCUGGUUUCCUUCCCCUUGCAGUGUCGCUCCAGGUUCCAUAAUGGACAAACCUCUCCGGAAAUUUGUGAUGAGCAGCAGACGUAACACCAAUGGCGGCCCUUUGUUCUCGCUCCUCCUGCUAUGUGAGCUGGGCACCUCUCAUUUUAAAUAGUUUUGUUUUUGUAAGGCUGCACGAGUUUGAUCUCCUGCAUCCUGUGCCUGCUCUGCACAUGGCAUUAGUCUGAGAGCUAUAUAUUAUUCUUUCCUAAGAAUACAGUUAGUAUAUUAGGGGUGGGACAAUUGCUUUGGGGAGAGUUUGGAAAAAGCCCCCAUUAUUCAUGAUAAUCCUUUUAUGUUCCUCCUUUUCCACUUGGAUCUACAGCUGUGAACAGAUGAAUUCUGACAGCAUCGAAAGUGAAAGCGACUGGGGAACCUUUGUGCUGAGAGGGUUCCUGAGAACAUGAUCUAUCCCUGCACUCCCCCAUCACCUCCAGUCUCCCUGGCUGGGGACGUGCAGAAGAAGAAGCAGGCCGAGCUGCUUGGUUUGCCUGUCACAGGCUCUCAAAUCAGGAAAGCCCCUUUGGAGCCACCACAAAACCAGAGAGAUGGAGAGACCUUCUGCUCAGCAGGGGGAAGUGGGGAAUUCCAUCCUGAAAACUACUUGGAUCGACUAGCCUAUUUCCAGAAGGCUUCUUCUGUUGCUGGAAUUGGGGGCAUUUUUUCCUUUGUAAGCAAUUCCAGAGAGAAGAGCCCUGCGCUAACUUGAGUUCCCUCCCAAAUGCAGACUCUGUGAGCCAUCAAUGUGGUGCUGAGAGUGUUAAGCCACGACCUGAAUCACUUACAUAAAAGAA